AUGGAAUCAGCCGAAGAUACUCGUCCAUCAAGUACUGCAUCGAGAAAUUCUCUUGACGAAUUACGUUUGAAUGACUGUUUUCAAUUUGAUUAUCCAUUUAAUUAUGAUGAUGCUCCGUCGAUGGUGCAUAGUUAUUGCUCUGGAUUAUUAUCUGACAACAUCAACAUUGUUAAAACCUCUGCAAUGCAGCUUUUCCUUCUUUGUCGUUCAGGCUAUUCAGAGGUCUUACUAUCCUCGGUUCCGGAAUUUUUCGGUUCCCUAAAAUCAGCAGCGAUCGUUUCGGAUAUUUCCAAACACUCUGAUCUUAUUCAUUGUUUGAGUGGAAUAUUUUAUUACCUAACUGAAAAUGAUUCCGCCGUUUAUCUAAUUUCACCCGACUCUUAUGUUGCCUUUGUGACAAGACUUCUAUCAUUCCCUCUAGAGUCUUCUCUUUAUUACACAGUUGCUGGUUUACAUAAUUUACUAGAUCACAAAUUCCUUCGAGAUCAAUUCCGAACUCCUCUAAUUAUUAUUCUCCUCAUUCAAAUUAUAUGGACAUGUUUUCUAUAUGACAAAUCAUUUCAGCCACCAGUAGCCCAUAAUCCAUAUCUGGCAUUUGCUUCCUCAACUUCUCUCUCAAAAUUUUUAGCCAUCGUCUGCGAUAGUCUAUAUCUCCUUGCUCACAGAAACGAGAUGUCUAAGCGUCUCAUACAUGCUAAGCAAGGUGUUAUACCUCUUCUCUACUUUGUGCAUACAUAUCCUUUCCAAAAAACUCAAUCUGUAUGUUCCCGCCUUCUGCGUAUUCUCUCUACUCAUCCACAGACCAAAAAGGAUAUCAUUAAAAAUGACCCCUCCUUGGAUUUCUUCAAACACUCUGCAAACUCCUCCUUCCAAUCCAACUCACUCGAUGCUUUCUGGACUCUACGAAACCUGUCUGACCAAUGUGCCAGCCUCUCAAACCAACAGAUGAAUGAAAUUAGUAAAAUCCUCCUCCUGAAACUUCAAAGCAUAGAGGAAUCUCUAACAUUUAUGAAAAGCCGAAUUUACUUUCCUCAUGACUUGGAAGAUCAAUUUACAAUCAGUAGAUGCAUCGCUGGAACUCUGGCAAACUUCACUUGUCGAAAUCCAUUCACAAAACUCUUUCUUGUUCAAAAUAGUGUCGUUCCACUGCUAAUGCGUCUGCUUACUUUCACCAUGGAAGAGCUUUCAUGUCAUUCAACCCUUUGUCGAGGAACUGCUUAUGGAGGGCUCUGUACAGCACCAUCAAAGUAUGAUCCCAUCCCACCUUCUCUACUCUCCUGUCGUUGUGGCCGACGUUCUCUGCCCUUUCCAAUGUUCCAAGCCACGGUAGAUUUCGUGGAAGCAACUCUGCGGUGUCUGUCUCAUGUCACAUCAUCCCACCAGCUCGCCAAUGAGGCUCUUCAUCAAUUAUCCACUAAUUGGAUGAGCUGCUUCUUGUUCAGUGACAAGGGCGUGUGUUGGAUCAAUGAUUUAUUUAGUAUCACCUUGCGCCUGGAUGAUAGUGAAAUUGAUCACGCUAUUAAUCCAAUGGCUGAACAGUUGGAUUGCUUACAAGCACUCCACGUUUUCCAAUUGGCAAAGGCAUGGUUGUCCCUCGCUCGAAAUCAGCUGGCUGGUCGUGUUGGGCUAAUACUUGAGCAUGAAACGUCGUGGAGAUCAGCUGUGAGGAACAUGGAACUUAGUCUUCUGUCUGUUAUCGAUUCGGUAAGUAUAUACAAAAGAUUUUAA